AUGGCAAGGAUCAGCUCGAGAAUACGCGUGCUGUUGGUGGUGCUUGCGUUUUCGGCUGGAUGGGUGUCACGCGCCCUCUUCGACACAUGGCCAACAACACCACGCCAUGGCCACAGCAACAGGCAUCAUGCCGCCCGCAAACAACCAGCAGCGCGAUCACUAUCACGUGGUGAACAACCGAAUUGGCUCGACUGGGCGUCCUACCUAACCGGCACCACAGAUGUGGACACCGCUAGCAGCAACAACUACAACACGUACAACGACCACGGUCAAGGCAGCCCAGUGGCUCGCAGCAUCAUCAGCGCUGUCACAGGGACGGGCAUACAGCCCAGAUCGGAGCAGGAGCAGUAUGCAUUGCAGGCGGCAGCGCAUUCGCAGGCAGGGGUCAACGCGGCUGCGUACUGGCGCCAGCUGCAAGAGCAGCACCACUUGCGACCCUUGAUACCUCCGCUCCCCGCGCAGGAGUUUGCCACACAGGCCCUCAGGAGGCACGGGCGGGAGCCGGGCCCCGUUCGCGUGUGCUUGGUGACAAGCGCGAUGGGCGGGCCCACACCCAGCGGGGGCGUCGGCACGGCCUUCCACGCGCUCGCCAUGCACCUGGCCGAGGCAACAUCGCCCAGCGGGGAGUACCUGUUUGCCGUCAGCGUCGUCUACGCCGCACACCCGUGGUACGGCCGCGGCAAAGAGCAGGAGUGGGUCGAGCACUUUGCCCAGCAUCGCAUCCGCUUUCUCCCGCUCACCACCAGCGUGCGCAAGUUCUAUGGGCCAUCGCUCGUGGUGCGAUCAUACAAGGUCAUGGAGCUGCUGCGGGAGCGCGAGUCUGAGUUUGACGUCGUCACCUUCCACGACCACAUGGGGAUCGGGUACUUCACCACCAUGCUGAAGCGGCAGGGGCUGGCCUUCCAGAGGCUCUUCCUCUUUGGCCAAGGCCACGGCACCAUCCGCUGGGCUGACCACCUCAACUACCGCCCGCCCAAGGACCACAACACACUCGCAUACUAUCACAUGGAGCAGAAGGCCAUGGAAUGGGCGGACGCGCGCGUGUACCCGAGCAGGUACUACCUGGACUGGGCGCAGGGGCCGCACUCCAACUUCAACUUCUCACACGGAUACAGUUUUGUGGUGCAGAACCUGCUGUACCCGCUCCCGCACGACGAACAGGCAGUAACAGUGCGCCACCCGCGGCACUUUGUGUUCUUCGGGCGCUUGGAGGUGCGCAAGGGCCUGCUCGUGUUCCUGGAUGCGCUCGCACACACCACGCCGCAGGAGGUGGGCCACGUGUCGUUCCUGGGGCCAAGCGUCACCAUCAACGACAAGAAGUCUGUGCAGGUGAUUGAGGAGCGGAUGGCGGCCAUCGAGUGGCCCACGCAACACUACACCGUGCGCGCCAACCUCAACUCCGAAGAGGCGCUCAAGUACAUUGAAGACAACAAUGCGGUGGCCGUCAUCCCAACGCUGGGCGACAACUCGCCAUAUGUGGUGAUUGAGCUUGUGGCGCGAGAGAUUCCGCUCAUCACAACCACGGCCGGCGGCGGCGCAGAGCUGCUGAUGGUGACACCCGACACGGCCCCGUACAUUGUUGAGCCGAACGACGCCAAGGGGCUCGCAGGCGCCAUGCAGCACGCCGUGAAGCACGGCAUAUCCAACUACCGAACAGCGGUACCCUUCUCCACCACGCGCAGCACGUAUCUCUCCCUCGUGCAAGCGUUUGCGGCGCUCCGCCAUACCAGCGCGCACGCGUCUGGCAUUAGCGACCAGGCCGACCCUGAUGAUGACGCUCAUCAUGUGCAGGGGGAGGCGGAGAACGGCAACGGUGAUGGUGACGAUGACACAUGGGCCGGGUUUGCGCGCAGGGACGGGCCGCCAAAGGUGCUGCUUGGCAUCACCAGCCACGACCGCCCCGGGGACCUGGAGAGGGCCGUGCAGAGCCUGAUCAACCAGGAGUACGCGAGCGACAGCAUGACGGUGAUGAUUGUGGACGACGCCAGCACGCAUCCAGACAUGAACGCCACGCUCGAUCGGAUACGGGCGAAGCUGGACGACAGCGGCAUCAGCCAUCGCAUUGUGACCAACAUGCAACAUCGCUUUGUUGCGCAGACGCGAAACGACAUUAUCGCCCAUGGCGCCAUCACGGGCAAGGACUUUGUCUGCUUCCUGGAUGAUGACGACGAGGCGGAACCAACGAUGGUGCAGGUGUACAUGAAGGCUGCGCUGCGCACGAACGCCGAUCUGGUCACAGACAUCUCAGACAACUUUGACACAGACGAGGAUGGCAACACGGUGUUCUCGCACCGCUCGCUCUCGCUUGGUGAUGGACUGUCCCACAACCUCCUCAUCAACAACUUUGGCAAGGCCAACUUCUGCGUGCGCCCUGGCAAAGCCAUGUCGAUUGGGGGCCACUACGACACCAUGCCGUAUGCGGACUCCCCGUAUGUUGACUGGUCGUUUCUGACACGCGCCAGCCUGUCCGGGCUGAGGAUCGAGCUCGUCCCGCUGCCGCUUUACCGAUACACGAAGCACUCCAAGGGCAGCAUCUGGUACACGCGCACGGGUCGGGUCGACCAAUACAACGGGCACUACAAGAUCAUCCAGGAUGCACUUGCGUAUGUGCCCCCAAAGAUGGCUGACCUGUUCAUGUACUGCCGAUACAAACUCGGGCAGCCGUACGUCCCAGCAGAUGGCGCUCUCUAG